AUCUUUUGAAUCAGUAACAUUAGAUAUAAUAGUUGGUGGCGAUCGCGACAAAUUAUCAUAUCGUUCUCCGUUCUAUCGGUUCUAGCAUGUGGUGGUUGUGAGUUGUAAAAAAAAGUUUGCCGAUUGUUUCUAUAGUUUUAAAUCCAAACAAAUCGUGAAGUUUUGUGGAUCGUGGACUGUUGAAUAUUGUUUUUGAUUUAACAUUUAACAUAAUUUGACAUUGGAUUAAAUAGAAAAAAAAGGAAAAAUGUUGGACCUACCGUUGUUUUAUGCCAAUAACAAAGGAGUUAUUAAGCAGACAAUACUGUCAUUAUGCGUAUCAAUGUCGUACUUUUGCAUCGGGCUCGUGCGAGGAUACUCAUCGCCAGCUGUGCCAUCUAUGGAAGAACUAAAUCCGGAACUGCUACCGAAUAAAAUCAUUGCAUCGUGGACAAGCUCUAUUCCACCGGCUGGAGCGUUCUUUGGAAGUCUUGUUGCGGGUCCACUAAUGCAUUUUAUCGGUAGAAAGUACACAAUACUAUUUGCCGCUCCAAUAUGGGCGCUAUCAUGGGCUGUCAUCGCUUAUGGGAUUAGUUGGCAGUACCUAAUGGCAGGAAGAAUGUUGGCCGGAUUUUGUGUCGGGUUGACUUUGCCAUCAGCACAGAUAUAUGUGACGGAGUGCACGGAUCCGAGAAUAAGGGGCGUCAUUGGAUCAUUUCCGUCCAUUUUAAUGUCAACAGGUGUAUUGACGGCCUAUAUUUUGGGAACAUUUUUCACAUGGGAUAAUCUUGCUUGGACAUGCUGCGGCGUAGCGGUCUGUCUGACAAUAGUAGUUGUAACGUUGCCCAGGUCACCGGUGUGGUUACGCAGUAGAAAUAUGCACAAAGAAGCAGACAAAGCUGCUGAAUGGUUGGGAUUGGAAUCUGCGAAUAAAAAUGUGACAUCGCUCAAUGUAAUCGAAAAAGGAAGCGUAACUGAAAAACCGAUUCAACAAAUCAACAAAUCGAAUGACAACGCACACUCAUGGGAAACUUUAAUGAGCCGACCUGUUCUCAUGCCAUUGGCCAUCGGACUGACUUUGCUAGCAAUUCAACAACUGAGUGGAAUCGAUUCGAUUAUAUUUUUUACCGUCGAGAUAUUUCGAUCUUCAGGAAGUUCCAUCGACGGAAACUUGGCCACAAUACUUGUGGGAACAGUGCAAUUAGUCAGUAACAUUGCUUCCCUCCUGUUUGUCGAUAAAUCUGGCCGAAAACCGCUGCUAAUCGUGUCUGGAAUCGUAAUGAGCAUUUCGAACGCAUCGAUGGGAGUCGCCUAUUACUUGAAUCAACAGGGAAACCAUUCGUUCGGCUUCCUUCCGUUAGUCAGUCUGAUUGUGUUUAUGAUUGGAUUUUCGGUUGGCUUCGGUUGCAUUCCCUUUCUACUAAUGGGAGAAAUAUUUCCGACGGCUCAACGGAGUACACUGAGUUCCAUCGCUGGCUCGAUGAAUUUGGGUAUGAUGUUUGCAGUCAUUAAAACAUUUCAUCCGUUGGAGAGGGUCAUAACAACUGCUGGUACAUUUUGGAUAUACUCAGCACUUUGCAUUGUCGGAGUCAUAUUUGUCGUUAUCUUCGUUCCGGAAACGAAGGGUAGAGAUUUGGAUAGCAUAGCGGAGCUGUUUCAUAAGAAAGAACAUGUAAAGUCAAUCAAUUUGGCGGAUGCGAGACGAGCAUCGAACAAAAGCGAAAAAGAAAGCCAACAAAAAUGUGAUGCAAUAAGUCGUUUCUAAGAGAAUGUGUUGAAUUUUUUAAAAAGCUUUUGUGCUUUUUGAAUAGCGCUAUUUAUGAUGUGCAAUGCACAUACCAAUUGUUUGUUUUUAAUUGAAUUUAAUUUACGUUUUAGACAUUUUUAAGAGAAACAAUUUGCAAAUGAUACUGUUUUGCAAAGCAGCCAUAAUACUAGGUUAAUAAUAAAAAUUCUUUAUUUAUUA